UUUGCAUUUCGAUAGCAAUAAAAGGAUCAUUUAUGUAUUUCGGUAGCAAUAUAAGGAUCAUUUUUACUUCUCGAGCUUCAGUGGCAACGUUAAGGUAAUAUUGGUAGAACCUCUAACCAAAAACUGCAGAACCGAUCAAAGAAUGUGGAGAAGAAAAGCUAUAACCUUUCUUCCAAAGACGCCAACUUUCUCCUCAUCAUCCUCUCCUUCACAGCCCUCUGCUCUAUACUCCUUCCUCGAACCCACCAUUUUCGCCCUCAAAAAACAAACCCCAACCACUUUCUCAGCACCAAAGCCAACUCCACCCACCUUAACCCUACACCACAUCACCACUCUAGAGUCCAACAUCCAUAAUUCCAUCCUCACCAAUGACACAGACCAAGCCUGGAAGUCUUUCAAGUCCCUCACUUCCAACCCAUCUUCUUAUUUCCCUUCCAAGUCCCUCACUAACUCGGUCAUCACCCAUCUCUGCUCUUGUCAGGAUACACACAAUCUCAAGAGAGCUUUUGCUUCUGUUGUGUUUUUGAUAGAGAAAAACCCACAAGUUUUGGAGUUUGAAACUGUGAGGAUACUGUUUGAAGCAAUGAAAUCUGGUAAUGUUUCUGCUCCUGCUUUUGCUUUGGUUAAGUGUAUGUUCAAGAACAGGUUUUUUAUGCCUUUUGAUAUGUGGGGUGGUUUGGUUGGUGAUAUUUGUAGAAUGAAUGGAAAGUUUGUUGCUUUUUUGAAUGUUUUUGAGGAAAGUUAUAGGAUUUCUGUUGAUGAGAAGUUGGGGUUUAUGAAACCUGAUUUGGGUGCUUGUAAUUUGGCUUUGGAGUCUUGUUGUAAGGAGAUUGAGUCUGUUAGUGACGCUGAUCGUGUUCUUGAGAUUAUGUCUGUUUUGGGUGUCAAGCCUGAUGAAUUGAGUUUCGGGUUUCUUGCUUAUUUGUAUGCAUUGAAAGGGCUUCGAGAGAAGAUAAUUGAGUUGAAGGAUUUGAUGAAUGGAUUCGGGGUUUCGAAUAAAAUAUUGUUUUUUAAUAGUUUGGUUAGUGGUUAUGUGAAGGCAGGGAAUUUGGAGUCUGUUUUAGAAGCUACUUUAUGUUCUUUGAGGGAAGAAAAUGGGAGGAAUUGUGAUUUUGAUGAAGGAACUUAUUGUGAAGUGGUUAAAGGAUUUCUCAAAGAUGGAAAUCUCAAGGGCUUAGCAAAUUUUAUUGUUGAAGCUCAAAAGGUUGAGGCAGAAUCUGUUGAAAUUGAUAAAUCAAUUGGCUUUGGUGUGAUUAAUGCCUGUGUUAAGCUUGGUUUUUCUGAUAAGGCGCACAGCAUUGUUGAUGAAAUGGAUGCUAAAGGUGGUUCUGUUGGGCUUGGUGUUUAUGUGCCAAUUUUGAAGGCGUAUUGCAAGGAGAGUAGAACAGCUGAAGCUACGCAACUGGUCAUGGAUAUUAGCAACUCAGGGCUUCAGCUAGAUGCGGGAAGCUAUGAUGCUCUAAUAGACGCGUCCAUGACUAGCCAGGAUUUUCAGUCGGCUUUUACUUUGUUUAGGGAAAUGAGGGAGUCGAGAACUCCUGACUUGAAGGGGAGCUAUUUAACAAUAAUGACAGGUUUGAUGGAGAAUCAUCGACCUGAGUUAAUGGCUGCAUUUUUAGAUGAAGUUGUUGAGGAUCCUCGAAUUGAAGUAAAAACUCAUGACUGGAACUCAAUUAUUCAUGCAUUUUGUAAAGCGGGGAGGAUGGAAGAUGCGAAGAGGACUUUUAGAAGAAUGUUUUUCCUGAAAUUUGAACCAAAUGAUCAAACCUAUUUGUCCUUAAUUAAUGGUUAUGUCACUGCUGAGAAGUACUUUAGUGUUUUAAUGCUCUGGAAUGAGGUUAAGCGAAAGGUUUCUAAUGAUAAAGAGAAAGGACUUAAAUUUGAUCAAAAUAUAGUUGAUGCUUUCUUGUAUGCUUUGGUUAAAGGGGGUUUCUUUGAUGCUGUGAUGCAAGUUGUUGAGAAAUCCCAAGAGAUGAAGAUUUUUGUGGAUAAAUGGAGGUACAAACAAGCAUUCAUGGAGACCCAUAAGAAACUCAAAGUGACAAAGUUGAGAAAGAGGAGCUUCAGGAAAAUGGAAUCACUCAUCGCUUUUAAGAAUUGGGCUGGUCUAAAUGCAUGAACUUCAAUAGUGCCUAGCAGCUGCCUUAGCUGUUUGUUUUAGCCUUUCUCGAUGUUAUGCUAUGCAACUUAGAAUCAUGGCGAAAGUGUCUGCUUUCUGUCGUUAAGCUUGUUUAAAUGCUUGACUAUUAUUAGCCGUUUUGCCACUCUGUUUAGUCAGCUUGUGAUACUUGGCUGAGAACCAUAACUAGUAUGGAUUUUGCUUAAAAAUUCUUUAAACAAAGCAGUGUACAUAAUGAUCAAUAUCAAAAUGAAGUAGUGAAUGGGAGUUGGAGCAUUUCUUUAAUUGAGCUGUUUGAGUGAUGAAAUGAAGUGCAGAUGUGGUUUCUUCUGGGGACUGAUGAUUCUUCUAAAGCAAUUCUGGUUGUUUACUCGUACGAGGUUAUUCGCAUUUUCAAAGUUGGUUUUUGCUAACCUUCAUGGCUUCAUCAAAUGGAAGUGGUACGUACAGUGCUCUCAGCUAUGUUUGUCAGCUAUUAUUUAUUGGGAUAGUGAAUGAUAAUUUGUAUGGUGCAGCAAUGGCUUCCCGAUAGGUGGACUAGAACACCUUCUUUGUUAACUGAAGUGAAACGUAAGUUCCAGCAAAUUCAAGAGGCAUAUUCAGUUUGAAAAGAGGAAUAUUUAUGAUAUUGGCAUGUAUCUCAAGAUGAAGAAGAGAGAUUUUCUAAUUUUGCUCAAGAAAUGCUACUCUCUCUGAUGGCACAGGAGAAGAGAAAAGUUCUUCCAAAGACUCUCACCAAUGUU